AUGCGUGCCAACACCCCUGCUGUCAUCGGCCUCGCUGCCGCCACGGCCAGCCUCACCUCCGCCGCCGCCAUCCCUCUCCAACCUCGCGGUGAACCAAUCGGCAUAACCCCUCACGACAAAUACUGCUCCUCCGUCUGCGUUCUCGGCUGCAAAAUCGACAUCAACCGCAUCGCCUACUGGCCGUCCUCCGUCUCCUGCAACGACAUCUGCGUGCGCGUCUCCGCAAACGGCCGCUCCGUCACCCUCCUAAAAUCGAUCAAUCAGGCGGUGCCUACGACAUAA